CAACAUAGACAUGAAAGACAGUAAUAUUGGCUUGUAUGUCCACAACGGAGCAUCCAAAGUUGACGUUAUUAAUGUCACAGCUGAUCAGAUAGAAGGAUUUAUCACGGCAGUAGAUUUUCAUGGAAAUCUAGAAUUAAAUCUUAAUAAUAGUAUUAUAAGUACAACGAACAUCGUAGUAAAUAUCGAAAUAAACAGAACUGAAACGUUAUAUAUCAACUUUGAUAAUAGUGAAUUGUAUAGUUCAACAGGAAAAUUAUUCAGUUUGAGCGAUGCAGCAGCCACAGAAAAUUUUACUGAUAUUUAUCUAAACGUCAAAAACUCAGUAUUCGCAACAGCAAGCGAAAACCUUUUUGAAAUAAAUACUUGCUCAAGUAAGAUACAUAGUGAAAUAAUUUCAUCGUCGUUUUCUGUAGCAAAUGGUGACAAAACUAUUUUCAGUUGCAAAGCCAGCUCAGUAGAUUUAACAGGAUUUCUGAAUAAAUUUGACAAAAGUGAUAAAGGUUUUUUCAUAUCAUUCUGUGAUCAAGAAGACAAUACACAAGAUUUUGUUAUUGAAUUGAACUUAACGAACAAUAGAUUUGAAAGUAUAGGUUCAACAGCAAUUGAAACACAUGGCCAAUUGAGUGAAAUAGUGAUAAAGAAUAACUAUUUCGUUGGAAACGGUAAAUGUAUAAAUCAUUCUAUGGCAGAUUUUGAUUUUGAUACUCUAACAAUAUCUCAUAAUGUAUUCCUUAAUAAUACUGCAGAAGAAAUUGUUAAACUAUUACAGCCUCGUUCUGGAAAUUCAACCAUCAACUUGGUCCAGAAUAAAUUUGAAAACAACCGAGAUAUCGUGAUAUCGUUUACUUCCCCGUUUAUUAAUAUAUAUCAAAAUUUCUUUGAAAACAAAUAUUCUUCAUACAAUGUAAAAGUCGAAAGUGACACAAAUAGUUACACUGGAAGAGUAGUUAAUGCGUCUCAAAACUACUGGGGUACAAAUGAUGUUAAUGUGAUUGAAAAAAGAAUAUAUGAUAAAAACUAUGACAAUACAUUGUUUAAAAUAAACUUCCGGCCAUAUUUAGGAUCCAGAAAUUAUUCAGACAUUCAAAACGCAGAAGCAGCAUUUAUAAGUUCUUCUGGUGAUAUUGGUGGAAUUGUAAGUGAAAACUUCACCCUAACUAAGGGAAGCAGUCCAUAUGUUGUAAUUUCCAAUAUAGUGGUACAAGAAGAUGCCGUUUUAACAUUAGAGGCUGGUCUUGUGCUGCUUUUUAAGGAAGAUGUCGGCAUUACAGUCUACGGAACAUUUAAUGUUUUGGGAACGCAAGAUGAUUUGGUUCAGUUGGAACCGGAAGUUAUCGACAAACCAUGGAGAGGGGUAGAUAUCAAAUCAUAUAUAGGAAAUACUAAUUCAAAUUUGCAAUACCUUGUUGUAAAGAACACUACUACAGGCAUUCGUGUAUGGAGUAUGAACACUUUUAUCCACAAUGUAACAUCUCAGUCCUCUACAACAAAUGGAUUUACUUUUUAUGUCAAUAGCAAUGUAACGGAAGUGGCAAUUUCUGAGUUAACCGCUUCAAAUAAUGUGAAAACUGGAAUUCAGAUUAUAACAGAUGACAUAUCUUCAUCAAAAGUUGUGUUUCGUAUUCUUAAAUGUACUGUUGGCCAAAACAACGAAUACGGUGUUGAUAUAAAAGCCAAUGCAAGUGUUAUUAUUUCUGAAUGUGAUAUUGAAGGGAACACGGAGUCCGGGAUAUAUCUGUACCAAGAGUUAGGAGGACGAAUGAAUAUAAGCACGUCAAAAAUAUCACGAAAUGUAAAAUAUGCAAUUAAAGGAUAUUACACGGAGGAGCUUGUGAUAGAUUCUUGCAUCAUUUCUGACCAUUCUUUCCGUCGGUUUAGCAAAUAUUGGUUUCAAAGAAUAUCUUAUGUAUAUCUGCGAAAGAACGACAACUCCAAGUUUCACAUUAAACUAUUAAACAGCGUUUUUGAAAAUAACAUUAACGAUGGAAUUGAAGUUUACUUCCAUUACUAUAGCAUGGGUGGCCUUAUACUUCAUAUUGAAAACAAUACAUUUACUGGCGGAAAUAAAACACUUUUCAUCAAUUAUAACUCCGUUUACGAAAACAUGGCUUACGUUAAAAUUAUCAGAAACUUGUUUCUCAACAAUUCGAACUCAGACGGUGCUCUCAUACAAUCUAAGUUCGAACACGUUGGUGAUGUGAAAUUUGAGAAUAACAAAUUUGAAGGGAAUAUCGCAAAAACUUCUUUACUUAUGACAGGGAAUGUAAAAUAUUCCGUCGGAAAAAUUUCGAUACAGCACAAUGAUAUAUCGGGCGAUUGGGCAACUGAAUCAAUAAUAGACAUUAAUACUUAUCACGAAAUAACUGUUAACUAUAAUAAUCUUCGAAACUUGUUUCCAAAUGUAUGCGUCAUUAGUGCACCAAAAUUCGAGGAGUCAUUUGAAAUAAAUGCUACUUUCAAUUACUGGGGGCACGAAUCAGCAGUAGAAAUAUUGGAUGUAGCAUGCGGAUUUGAAAAAGAUAUGGACAGAAGUUUUAUGCAUUAUAUACCCUUUUAUACCGAUAACAAUUUCAAUCAAGUUGUUGCAUUGACACAAGAUAGAUUUGAUGCACAUGGAGCACUCGGCGGAUAUGUAACUAAGGAUUUUACCAUUCCAAAUCUAAGUAGUCCCAUUAUCAUAUCAAGAGCUUUGUUUGUCAGACCAGAUUCAGUUUUGACAGUGGCAUCUGGUGCCGUCCUUCGUUUCAAAGAAAACAGAGGAAUAUAUGUUCAAGGUGCAUUGAAAAUUUCUACCGGUAGCAGAAGACUAACGGUCAUGGACUCCAUGGACGAAAAUGUUCCUUGGUAUGGAAUAGUGAUAAGAUCUAAAAGCGAUGAAUAUUCCGCCAUAAACUACGCGCAAAUUAAUAACACCAUGCAAGGUUUUACAGCGUUUUCGAACAGUUUUGAAAUGAAACAUACCAAUAUAAAUAAUUCCAGAGCGUCAUGCUUGAGCAUCAAACCAAAGGAUACUGGUGUUACAACUCAUGAUUUUGAAGGCACCAGUAUAAGCAAUUGUAAGGAGAUAGGACUUUCUGUUUUUGGUGAUGGAGAAAUAAAUGUUUACAAUGUUAAUAUUAAAAAUGCGUCUGUUGGCUUAAAGAUGGACGUCCGUUAUGGUCAUUUAACUGUAAAAUCAAGCAAUAUUACAAACUGCUCAACAGCAGCCUAUGUCCGUUUCGGAAUAACAUCAAAGGCUGCAGGAAACCUGACCCUUCAUAGUUGUCGGAUUUCAAAUUGUUCAAACGGUGUCGAAUAUUCAAUGAGUAAUGUCUGGAAUAUAAAUAGUGUUGAUAUACAAUAUAACAUAUUUUCUAAUAUUACAAACAAUGCAUUGUCGGUCAAUUUUCCGUCAAAUGAUUACAAUAAUCGAUAUAUAGGUCAUGUAGAUAUAGGUUUCAAUACUUUCUACAAUACUUGUCACAUUUAUCUGAAAACAUGGAACAACGCAAACUUAAGUUUUCAUGAUAAUACAAUUGAAUAUGGCAACUGUGAAGGUCCUGGAAAAUGUUAUCUUGAAGCAUAUGCAAAGGGAAACAAAGAGACCAAAGGACGAAUGUUCAACAUAUCUACAAAUAUAUUUAAAGAUUUGGUGAGUGAUUGCAUUGUUGAUCUGGUAUCAAGUGAUAGUGCUGGAUUUUUCGAAGGUGUUUUCUACUUUAACCAGUUUUUGACCACUGAAACUACUGUUGGAACAAUAACAUUAGACUCAAAGUGUUUCAAUUUUUCUCACAACAUAUUCGACAAUCCAAAGUCACCUUAUGACCUAUACGUGAAGAAGAAAGGAACUACUUCUGUAAAUGCCUCUAACAACUGGUGGGGAAACGCCAAUACCGAUAUAGCAUACGAAAGAAUAUUUGAUUUUCAUCGUGAUAAUGCUUUGUUACUGGUAAAUAUUACUUCGAUUUUGAUUGACAGAAACAUUGAUUGUUCUGGUGUUGAUAACUGCAGUUCCAAUGGUGAAUGUGUGAGUCCAAACACAUGUAGAUGUUUUUCUGGUUAUGCUGGUAACAUGUGCUCAGGAUAUGACUGCUCAGGGGUUCAUAAUUGCUAUGGGAAUGGACUAUGUAUUGGACCGAACUUAUGCGAGUGUAACCAUGGGUGGAGUGGGAAGCAGUGUAUAAAUGCAUUGUGCAGUAAUGUGAACAACUGUAGUGAUCAUGGUUUCUGUAUUCGACCUGAUAUUUGUACGUGUGCUUCUUCAUUCACUGGUGAAAACUGUAGUUUGUGUAUACCAUCACAUUGGGGCAUCAACUGUGAUCCAUGUCCAAACUGUCGGAAUGGGGAAUGUAAUCUAAAUACAGGGACUUGUGAUUGUUUUGGAGCACAGUGGACAGGAAGUUUUUGUGAUAUUUGCAGUGAGACGUUUUAUGGUCAGGACUGUCUCCCUUUGCUCACAGUUUUGAACGUUAUACCGAAUCAGGGCCUUGACAGAGGAGGCAAUUACGUGCAUGUCUGGGGGCACAAUUUUCCACAGACAGACACUUAUAAAUGUAAAUUUGACCCAGACGUUGUGUACGGUGAAUGGGUUGCAUCGAAUCACGUGGUCUGUUCUGCUCCAAAACAUGCAGAAGGGAUUGUUAGUCUUGAAAUUUCAUCGGAUGGGGCAGAGUUCAGCAACAAUAAGGUUAAAUAUCUAUAUUUUGCAACGUGUCCACCAAACUCAUGUGGACGAGAUGUAUCGCCUCCACGUGGUCAGUGUUUGUUUGGGAGUUGUUCUUGCAACCUUCCCUGGACAGGUGAAAAUUGUACAAUUGAACUACUAGCACCUGAAAUUAUUGCGCCUCGAUCACAAACCAUAAACGAAUCGGUUAUAUAUGACGUCCAAUUACAGUUAGCACGGGGGAAUUUACCAGUAACAUGGUCACUCAUGGAUCAUCCAGGAAAUAUGAUAAUAGAUGAAAGAACUGGAAGACUGUUCUGGUCAAAUGUUAUAGGAAGACUAUUAGCUUAUACAGUCAUCGUAGAGGCAACAAAUGUUGUUGGUAAACAUAGAAUUGAAUGGACGAUAAAUGUACCUGUUACGUAUUCUGUUAACCUGGUAUCCCUUGAUCCAGAUGGAAUUCUACCUAGACCAAUGCAAAUCGACAUUUUUGGAGAGGUUAAAUUUAGUAAUUUGAUACCACCGAGGCACGUUCCUAUCAAACUUAUAAUUAAAAGUGAUUUAACGAAUACAACAAGAGUCUUUUCACCAACCAAUGAAAAUCAUGACCCAACAUCAUUCAUGACAACGUAUUAUCCAAGCCCAGCCGAUGCAGGAACAUUUACUGUGAAAGCAUAUCAUCCAGGUUUGGAGCAAAGUACAGGAAGCACGUUGUCAUGGGUAGUCCUAGGCAUGCGUUGCGAGCCAACAUUCAUUAGUUUGAAAGGUUACAUAGACGAUAGUCAAGCCGUAUUUGCAAAUGUAUCAACUCUCAAAAACGUAGGAGGUUAUCCAAUCGGUAACAUAUCAACAAAGGUUUACGGUAUUAAAAACGUUCAUGUUUUUAAAUCUGAAGAUAAAACGGAAGAACCAUUCUUCUUGGCGAAACUUUCUGCAGAUGGAGUAAUAAGUUUUAGUCUCCAAAUAAAAGAUGUAAAUCCAAUGUCUGAAACCUUUUAUAUCGUGUUUUCAACUAUUGAAAGAACUUAUGCAAGACUUCAAAUCAAUAUUGAUUUAACGAUCAAAAAGCCAACACUUAUCUUUGAACCAUUUGCUGUUAAGGACAACAUUAUCCGUGGUACUCAAACUAUUUUUGAUGUAACAAUCCGAAAUGUUGGUGAGAUUCCAGCAAGUGAUGUGAAUAUUCAAAUACCAAAUGAAUCAAAAAUAAGUUUAAUGUCAUUAUCCAAGAAAGGAGAAAAUAUGAAUUAUGCAAACGAUCAGUUGCAAGGUAGUUUGACUAUUCCACCUCUAAGUGAAGCAAUCAUGUCUCUCGCCGUUACUGUUGAAUCGAACACUCCGUUAGGGAAACUAAGGGGAAUUAUAGCAGUAAAUACUAAUCUGACAAUGUUUAGUUUACCAUACGCUUUUACAAUGACUUCAGAGCGGAAACUCAAUCUAACUUUUGUAAUCAAAGACGAAUAUACUUAUUUUGCGACUGGAGCACCAUUGGUUACUGGUGCAGAAAUCAAAUUGGUAAAUCCAAGGAGAGGCUUCUCAGAAACUAUAAUUACAUACAAUGACACAGGUACUGUGUUAUUUGAAAACAUUUACGAGGACAAAUACACUGUUUACGCCAAAGCUGAUGGUCAUUCUUCCUACUCUGCUAUUAUCAUUGCCACCCCCUAUACAACAGUUCGAGAUAUAUUCCUACAAAGAACUGCUGUCACAUAUACGUGGACAGUUACACCUACUACUGUAGAGGACAAAUAUAAAAUAACACUGGAUUCCACGUUUGAAACAUUUGUACCAAUGCCUGUGGUAACAAUUGAACCAAACAAAUUAGACACAGUGCCUUUCGAGACAGAAGAACGAGAAAGUGUGGACUUUACUAUAACUAAUCAUGGCCUCAUCCGAGCUGAUAACCUUCGGUUUUCUCUACCUACAGGACAUCCUACACUGCAAUUUCAAUCGACUGUCGAUGUAAUUGGGGAUCUUGCUGCCAAUACGUCUAUAAUUAUACCUGUCAAGAUUACUUUAAAAUCAAGGACCAAAAGACAAGGUGGUUGCAGUAUGUCGUUAAUGUAUGACUAUGUGUGUGGUGGAACACGUUCUAAUAGCGCAAGUGUAAUUCUGACCGGAAGUUGUGGUGGUCAUGGUGGAUUAAGAGGUGGUAGUGCAUCCGGUGUUGGGAUGUUUAUUUAUCGUCCUGUGACUCCAGUACCAUGUGAUUGUCAUGCCGCUCUCUUGAAGAAGUGUAUUUUAGUGUUUAUUCCAAUAGUGGGAUGUGUGGCAUCAGAAGGAAACUUAGCAGCGUCAACGAUUGCAAGUUGUGCACUUCAGGAUUUUUUCCCAGUAAUAGGGUGUGCCGUUUCAGCUGAUAAAUUAGGAAAAUCAUCGGGACCGAGUUUACCUGACGCAAUUAUAGACACAGCCAUGUCAUGUGUUGUAGGACCAUUGUGUAGCGUUUGUGGUAAUGUGUACAAGGCUUUAAGUUUAACUUUCAUUUAA